AUGGCAUGCACUGGGAAGACACAUGUUGUUAAGAGGGUCCAUCCACAGCUCACUACCUCUCAGAAGGUUACUUGUCGUGAAAAGUUUGUAUCCAUUACUAAUGACAUCAAUGAUACACAAGCAUCCUACAUGGACAAAGUCCAAGGACUUGCAAAGAAACAUGGGCAGUCUGAGCACUGGACAUGGCAUCAGUUAUACCUUGGCAGGAAAAUUGUCUGUUGUCAGCAUGCUCCAAAUGCAUGGAACAGGUUUGUUUGUCAGCACUUGAAUGACAUAAAUGAAGGUCUUUCAUGUGGUGACUGCUGGAAGUUGACAGAGUUUGUUGAAGAUCACAAGGAGAAUCUCAAGCAUGAUUAUUCAAAGCUCACUGCUGCUCAGAAAAAUGCGUUUGUUAACCAGGUUAUGAAGAAGAGCAUUAAAAACCAAAAAAUUGUCUGUGACAACCCAAAGGCCAUGCAGUGCAAUAUGCUCACAUCCUUUGCUGCAAUGGAUCAGGAGUGGACGGCAUUAUCUGUCCAAGGAGGCAUCGAGGAUCUUAGUGGACCUAAGCUUUUCUUUUCUGAGAAAGCAGAGAAGUUUGCACGUGCUGUUCUUGACUUGGAGCCACAGCACUUGGCUUUAAAACUUGAAGCUUUUGUUGUGUUGGGGCUUGAUACCAAUGUUUCAACCACUCAGCCUCAUUCUCUCAACAAGAUGAUUAGCAAAUGCAGGACACAUCUUCAAGAUGAAUUAGACUAUAUCUUGCAAGAGAACAAGAUUACCAACUGCAAGAUCACAAUGAACUACACUAACUACAAGUGUUCCAUUGUUGAUCGCUAUGGUGUUACAUUACAGGGUUGGCCCUCAGCCCUUUUGCCUGUCUGA